AAUGUGUGGUGGAUGAAGGCGCCCGCCAUGUACCGGCGCGUCGGGGUCACCAGGGACUGCCUGCGCUACGUCGAGGUGUCUGAGGAGGAGCCGUUCGUGCUCAGCUCCUUCCUUCUCGACGCUGACGGCAGGGGCUGGACGCUGAAUCACCGGGUGCCGCUCACCAUGCUCUGGGCGGCCGAUGGGGGCUACCCGUGGCUACCCUUGCAGGGGAAGAUCACCAGGCCCAAAAUUGGCGUUCUUGAUCUUGGUAACAUCAAUGUCGUGCACCUCAUUGUUGGCGACCACAUCGUCGUCGUGGACAUGCACAAGGGGGAGGUUCUCACGCAUUGUCCGCGUGAAGGCGACAUCAAAAUUUUGCCAUGCUAUCUUUCACCGUGGCUUCCGACAUCCCCGAUACCUUCGGCAGGGAUGUACAAGGAUGCCAGUGGUGAGGUUCGUCAAGAUGCUAGUAGCGCCAUGCCCAAGCCUCCAUACCCUUACCGGCUUAAGUGAUGGACAGGAUGGAGCCGUCUGAUGUCUUUCGAUAGUGAUGUUAUGUUGCUCUCUUGGGUUAACUGUAACAUGACAGCUGGCUUGUGCUGCUUAGUGGUGGUUUAGUUUCCUUCAGUUAGUUUGUUUGAGUUGGAUUUGUAACGUUGCCAUGCUGUUUCCUUAACGGGUGAUUGGACGUGAGAUGAUGAUGAACUUGGUGCGUGCCCUUUCAAGCUCAACUAUCAAACUGCUUAACUUCC